AUGUGUGCUAAUGUUAAAAAGCAAAUCAAAAGAUCAACUCGAGAAUACGAAACGGAUUUAGUAAAGAGAGCGAAGCUUGCACCAAAACUUUUAUUCUCAUACGUAAAUAGAAAACAAAACAUUAAAACGCAAAUUAGAGCAAUCAAGAACAAAAAAGAUCAAGUUACAAUUGAGAUAUCAGACAUUUCAGAUAUAUUAAAUAAGCUAUUUCAGUCAGUCUUUGUUAAUGAUAAUGACCAACCAAUACCUGAAUUCUCGCAAAGAAGCGAAAACCAGUGCGAUUCUAGUAAGUUAUCUAAUAUGAUUACCUAUGAAAAAAUUCUCAAAAUGUUAAAAGGUAUGGAUGAGGCAAAAGCGAUGGGUUUUGAUGGAGUUAGUCCGUUUGUUUUAAAGCAUGCUGCAGAAGGUUUUGUGGACCCAAUUGUUCAUAUUUUCAAAUUAAGCUUUGACACUGGAUGUGUCCCUUACCACUGGUCUGUUGCAAAUAUAUCACCAAUUUACAAAGGGGGAUCAAAACUUGAACCAGAAAACUACAGACCAGUAUCCCUAACAUCUGUUAUUUGUAAAAUGCUCGAAAAGCUCAUUCGGGACACAAUUCUGCAAAAUUUAGUUUCAAGUAGACUUAUAUGUGAGGAGCAAACUGGUUUUGUUCCAAACAAAUAA